AUGUAUGCCAAACGUUCCCUAUCUAUGACGGCCCUUGCCGCCAUCUUUGUGUGUGGAUUCGCAAAAGACUCACGUACUUUCGCCGUGAAUCACUUCUAUGGCAAUGGUGCUCUGUCGAUGGGACGAAUGGACCCCAUCAUGAAUCCAGGAACCCCAUCAACUCACUCACACGCCAUUCAAGGCGGGAGCAACUUCAACCUGACCAUGACGGACGAUGCCCUCCUGUACUCAAAUUGCACCUCCUCUCUAGUUGACGCCGACAAAAGCAACUACUGGACCCCAUCCCUGUACUUCCAACACUCCAACGGAAGUUUCCUCUCAGUCCCAAUGUUCUACAUGAACGUCUACUACUUUUUCGAGCCAACCGACGACGAAAUCAAGCCCUUCCCACUCGGCCUACGCAUGUUCAUCGGCAACGCCUCUCUCCGAACCCCACCCCAAGAUGCCGCCAACGUCCUAGACACAAACCAAGGACCCAUCCAGCCCGUGCAAUGGACAUGUCCACGCACAUCCUACAACAUCCCCUCCUACCCACCAGACUCAGACGGCAUGCACGGCGUCGGUAUCCAGGACCCUAACAACGCCGGCGCAGGUGCCGGGUUCCCGCAUAUGAACUGCGACGGAUAUGCGUCGCCUCUGCGUGCAGAUAUUCACUUCCCCUCUUGCUAUAACCCCGAGGCUGGUAUCCAGGCCCAUGAGACUAACAUGGUCUUCCCGAGCAGCAAGGGUACCACUGGUGGCAAGGCGAACUGUCCACCUGGUUGGAUUCACGUUCCUCAUAUCUUCUAUGAGGUGUACUGGAAUACGCCGCUGUUUGAGGGGAUGUGGACUGAGGGAACUGGCUCGCAGCCGUUUAUCCUCAGUAACGGGGAUCGUACGGGGUACUCACUUCAUGGUGACUUUAUCUCUGGCUGGGACGAGGAAGUUUUGCAGAAGAUUAUUGAUAACUGCAAUACUGGGGAUUUGGGCAUGGAUAAGUGCAGUGAUGCUGGGUUCCUCAACGAUGCCUCGACUACCUGCAAUAUUCAGAACCUGGUUCCAGAGAAGAUCGACGGUGUAUUGAAGAAGCUGCCGGGUAAUAACCCGCCGACAGGUUGGGGACAGGAGGUAGAGGAGACUGGGAAACAACGUGUGAAGAGACACUUCCGUGGGCAUGUGCACGGUAGACAUGUCUAG